UCGAUCGCGCAUGCUCAGUGACAGCAGAGCGGCCGAUCCGGACGGUGUCCAAGAGAGGGCAGCGCGCACCCCGGGUGCUUUACCGGCAGGGCCCGGCGCCAUGGCGCAGCAGGGCGGACUCAGCAUGAAGGAGCAGAAAUACGACCGGCAGCUCAGGUUGUGGGGAGAUCAUGGACAAGAAGCUUUAGAAGCUGCUCAUGUUUGUAUGAUAAAUGCAACAGCCACAGGAACUGAAAUCCUCAAAAAUUUAGUACUACCAGGUAUUGGCUCAUUUACAAUUGUUGAUGGGAAUCAAGUCACUGGAGAAGAUGUCGGAAAUAAUUUCUUUCUACAAAGAAGCAAUAUUGGCCAGAACCGAGCCCAAAGUGCCACAGAGCUCUUACAAGAAUUAAAUAAUGAUGUUUCAGGAAAUUUUGUGGAGGAGAGUCCAGACAAACUUCUAGACAAUGAUCCUUCAUUUUUCUGUCGGUUUAAUUUAGUCAUUGCAACCCAGUUACCAGAAAGUAUAUUGGUACGUUUAGCUGAAAUUCUCUGGAAUUCUAACAUCCCUCUGUUAGUCUGUAGGACUUAUGGACUAGUUGGCUAUAUGAGAAUUAUUAUUAAGGAACAUCCAGUUGUGGAAUCUCAUCCAGACAAUGUAUUAGAAGAUCUGAGACUGGACAACCCAUUUCCAGAGCUGAGGGAACACAUUCAGUCUUAUGACUUGGAUCAUAUGGAAAAAAAGGACCAUAGCCACACUCCAUGGAUUGUGAUUGUAGCAAAAUAUUUAGCAAAAUGGUACAAUGAGAAAAGUGAACUGAUACCUAGGAAUUACAAAGAAAAGGAAGCCUUCAGAGAGCUGAUUAGACAAGGAAUUUUAAAGAAUGAAAAUGGGAUCCCAGAAGAUGAAGAGAACUUUGAAGAAGCUAUAAAAAAUGUAAACACAGCACUAAAUGUUACUAAGAUUCCAAGCUGUAUUGAAGACAUUUUUAAUGAUGAUCGUUGCAUCAAUCUCACACAGCAGACACCUUCCUUUUGGAUUUUAGCUCGAGCUGUAAAGGAAUUUGUAGCAAAAGAGGGGCAAGGAAAUUUACCUGUUCGGGGCACUAUUCCUGAUAUGAUAGCAGAUUCGGGUAAAUUUAUCAAAUUGCAAAAUGUAUACCGUGAAAAAGCAAAGAAAGAUGCUGCUGCUGUGGGUAACCAUGCUGCUAAAUUGUUACAGUCAGUAGGCAAGGCACCAGAGUCAAUCUCACAGAAAGAGUUAAAAUUGCUUUGCAGCAACUCAGCGUUUCUUCGAGUAGUGCGGUGUAGAUCCCUGUCUGAAGAGUAUGGUUUAAAUACUUUUAACAAGGAUGAAAUUAUUUCCAGCAUGGAUAAUCCAGACAGUGAGAUAGUGCUAUACUUAAUGCUACGAGCUGUGGAUAGAUUUUAUAAACAGCAUGGUAGAUACCCAGGAGUGUAUAACUACCAAGUGGAAGAUGAUAUUGGAAAAUUGAAAUCUUGCCUCAGUAGCUUUCUUCAGGAAUAUGGGCUGUCUGUAACAGUGAAGGAUGAUUAUGUCCAUGAAUUUUGUCGCUAUGGAGCUGCUGAGCCACAUACUAUCGCUGCAUUCUUGGGAGGUGCUGCUGCUCAAGAGGUUGUCAAAGUAAUUACAGGACAAUUUGUAAUUUUUAAUAACACCUAUAUUUACAGUGGAAUGUCACAGACUUCAGCAACUUUCCAGUUGUAGAACAACUACGAUAUAUAUGUUGGAAAUUGUAAUUGAUGUCAGGUUUGCUCCAUUCUAUAAAAUAUCACUAGUGUGAUGUUUACCACUAACUGAACCUUUCUGUAUUUUCCUCAAUAUUAAAAUCUUAUUGCAAAUAAA